UGUUCAACCUGGCGCCUCUCAAUGAACAGAUCAGCUGUUUCUUAUUUUGAAAAGUCUUGGGAUUGUAGGUGUGAGCGAAGCUGUCUCCUGCCAUCUACUGAUAAUUUGUUCCAAUAUUUAGCAUAUAUAUAUCUAUAUAUUAGCUUAUAACCUUGAAUUUGUGUGUGACCUGCAGCAAUGGGAGAGCAUCACCGACCAUUCAUGGAAAAUCAAGUGAAUGAAGAGGCCAGCGCAAGUUUAGAAGGUGGACAAUAUACAGCUGACUGGUUUGUAUGUGGAUUGUGUGGAUUGAAAAUUUGUGAUAUUGAGAGUUACGUGUCACAUAUGGUGCUUAAGGAGCAAUGUGUUCUGCAUUUGUGUCCUUCAUCUUCUAUCAGGGAUCUUCUUUUGCCAAGAUUUUCAAAGAAGAGAGCAGAAAUAGAAGAAGCAGACAUUAAACAUGUUAAAGAUCUCGUCCCUAUUAUGUAUAAGGAAACUUGUGAUUUGAAUGAAACCGAUGUUAAGUUAGCUGUGCAAGCAUCAGAAAUUGAAACUGGCAGUGAAACAAGAUGGAAAUGCCAACUUUGUGGUCUUACAUUUUCUAGACAAGCAGCCAUCUUCAACCAUUUUAAGCUCCAGCAUACAGCACCCAGCAUAAUGAGAGAGGAAUCAUCUGUCAGUGAGAGAGAUAUACAGGAUGUGCAAGUAAAAAAAGAAAUACCCAUGGACUCCAAGGCGCCCAUUAAACACAUCGUUGCUGUAAAGUCAAAAAGUCAUCAUAAACAUCUACAUAAUGAUAUUGAAUGCCCAAGUAAAACAUGGAAUAAGCUUGUCUGCCACUUAUGUGGUCAGACAUUUAAAACAGGGAAAAUACUACGGACACACAUCGCAGUCGUACACAGCCAAGGGCGACCUUUCCAUUGCACGUAUGGAGGAUGCACCCAGUCAUUUAAGACAAAAGGUUCACUUACUAGGCAUGAGAGGCGACACACAGGUGAGAGACCAUUCACUUGUCAGGAGUGUGGUAGGAGUUUCCGAGAGUCAGGCUCCCUAGCUCGUCACCAACAGUCUCGGGUAUCUUGUGUGAACAAGGAAGAUUCUCAAAUACCUUUGUAUGGGAAGACUCUUCCCCUUAACUCUUCUCAUAUAGAGAAGAAACCCUGUAUGCAGGAUAUAAAGAUGAAUACCAUCUUAAAGCAAGAAGUUUUGGGCAAUGUUUCUGAUGAUGAUCUGCAGAAAGAUUUACCCCUUUGGAAUACAGAAGAAACUAAAAGUGUCUUAAGAAAUGAGAAUAUGGCUACCAAUGUUGAUGGCACUCAUGAAGUAGUGAAACAAGAGGAUACCAUUUCCCAUCAACUACACCAUAGCAGCUUACCAGAUAACUCAAAUACUCUGGUUCCUUGCAAGAUUGAGAUGCCUCUUAUUCCUACCCCCCUAAUUGAGGAGAAGCACCUUCUUGUAUACGCAAAUAAAAAUAUGGGCACUGAAGAUCUUGGAGACAUCAAACCCCCUCAUUUGACCUCAGAUAUUAUAAGAAAAUCUUUUACUUGCCCUGUUUGCUGUCAGAAUUACUGUAGAAGAUCAACCCUUGCAUCACACUUGAAAUUACAUCUUGAUGAACUUGGAGAAAAGUGCAAUGAAUGUGGAAAAUCAUUUGCCACACAACAAGCACUCUCUCGACAUUUGUCCUCCCACUCCUCUGUACGUCAGUUUGUAUGUCAGCUGUGCAAAAAAGCAUUCAAACUUCUGAAUCAUGCAAGAAGUCAUCUUCGGACACAUACUACCACCAAGACUAUACCAUGCAGAUACUGCAAUAAUUUAUAUAAGACUAAAAGUGCUAGAAAUAUGCAUGAAAGAACUCAUAAUGGUGUUAAAACUUUCAUAUGCAUAGAAUGUCGGAAAGCAUUUGUAACUAAAGCUUCUCUGAUACGUCACUUAAGAAUUCACACUGGCGAAGCUCCUUUCCAUUGCCAGUAUUGUGGUCGUUGCUUCAAAGAACAUGGCACUCUAAGCAGACAUUUGAAACACAAAAUGCCAUGUGCCCAACAAGCCUCUAUGGAAGCAAAAACUGGUGAUGUCGGGAUUCGUCUUGUUAAAGAGACAAAGAAUCAGAAAAUAGCCGAAAUUGAAAUUAAUGAUAAGCAUCCAAAAUGUAAUCAAGAAAUUAGUCGUGAUCAGAAGAAUAAUAAGAUCUCAACAGGUUGCACAGCAUUCUGGCUGUCUAUUGUGUCCCAUGUUUACCAGGUAGUUCUGAGCAGUUUGUGGCUCAUUUCCCCUGGAUCUUCACAGUGCCUAUUGGCAUGUUCCCAUCCACCUUGGAUUCUGGAAUUGGCUGGAGUUAAGUGUCUCUCUUUUAUCGCCGUCAGUCCCUGGCAAUCAUCCCUUUGCUGCUUGUGAAGGGGGCCCAGAUUCUGGUCCUGAUUUCCAGUAGGCAUUUGUGGGUCCCUAGAGGUCUAGUGCAUUACCCCAAGGUUUUCAUACUUCAAGAUUAUUGAUUUGUUGAGCUGAGAGGCAUUUUAUAACAUUUAACACUGGAUUUUUCUCAAUUUGGGAUUCCCACGUUCCCCUAACUUUGUUGAGAGAAUAGAUUUUGAUCCUGGCUGCCAGUAGGCUCAAUUGAGUAUCAUAGGCAUCUUAAUUCAUUUGCUUUAGGGAGUUACUGAGUGGUUGCAAUAGGAAAGGGAAACUUAUUACAUUCAACACUUGAUUUUUGCAAACAAUGGGAAAUGGAUUGAAUAAUUUAAAUGAGAGGUCAAUACAGUACAGUAUGUGCCAAAUUAAUUGGAAACUGUAAUAGAUUUUAGUAAAGACAGGACACCACUUGGUAAUACACUUGGUUAAAUGAGAGGUUAGUACAGUACAGUAUAUGUCAAAUUAAUUGGAAACUGUAAUAGUAUUAUGUAAUAGAUUUUAGUAAAGACAGGACACCACUAACUAAGAGAAUACACUUGGUAAUACACUUGGUUAGGGAGCCGGUCGGCCAAGCGGACAGCACGCUGGACUUGUGAUGCUGUGGUCCCGGGUUCGAUCCCGGGCGCCGGCGAGAAACAAUGGGCAGA